UCGGCUAAGGCGAGCUAGUUAGCCUGUUAGCACCAACUCGUCGUAGUGAUGAGGCAGCACAAUUAGCUCGCUAGCCGGCUAAGGUGACGGCCCGUUCAAAGUGGACGGCCACAGCCGACUAACCGGCUAAAAGGAGAUCAGUUCUUUUGGACGAAUGAAUGCCAUGAGUGACACAAAUAUCACUUCGGCUGAGUGCUAAAAGAUGAUUUUGAAAUAUCCUAUUGUUGUGUUCUGUAAGGCUUAUGAAUUCUUCAGAAUGCGCUGGAACACUCCGCUUUUGUAAAGUUGUUUUUGGUUGCAUUUGGUGUCAUUAACUGUGAACAGCCCGUCAAAGUAGUGACCAAACUUUUUUUUACAUUUUUUUGUAUUCUUUUUUGGGCCACUGUCCUCGUUUCCAGCCUGUUGGAGUGCUGGAUCAUCAGGGUACAGUCCCCAGAUGGCAUGAAGAAAAUCUCUUCGACCAAGCGGGAGACUGCUGCUGCCUUUUUAAAGAAGGUGGCCAAAGAGUUUGGCUUCAACUCCAACCGCUUCUCGCUUUAUGUGAACCGCAACAAAACGGGAGAGAUCCUCUCCCAGAACAAAAGCCUCAGCCUACUGAAGAUCAAGCACGGCGACAUGCUCUUCUUGUUCCCGUCGGGUUCGCCUUCCUCCUCCUCCUCCUCCUCCUCCGGCGGGGAGGUGAUGGACACCGCCGCCCCGCACUCGUCCUCGACGUCGUCGUUGCCGUCCACCUCGUUCUCGUCCUCGUCGUCCGCUUCCUCGUCCUUCCUGACGCCCCGCCCGCAGUCGGCGCCGCAGAUCCAGGAGGACAACAUCGACCAGUAUCUGACCAAGCAAGACGGCAAGAUCUACAGAAACCGAGACGCGCAGCUAUGUCGCCAUGGCGCCCUGGGGAAAUGUGUGCACUGUGUACCGUUAGAGCCUUUCGAUGAAGACUACCUGAACCACUUGGACCCGCCCGUCAAGCACAUGUCCUUCCACGCGUAUCUGCGCAAGCUGACCGGAGGAUCCGACAAGGGGAAGUUUGCCGCCCUGGAGAACAUCAGCUGUAAAAUCAAGUCUGGCUGUGAGGGCCACCCUCCCUGGCCGGAGGGCAUCUGCACCAAGUGCCAGCCCAGCGCCCUCACACUCAACAGACAGAAAUACCGACAUGUGGACAACAUCAUGUUUGAGAACCACACCAUUGCCGACCGCUUCCUGGACUUCUGGCGCAAGACCGGCAGCCAGAGGGUGGGAUACCUGUACGGCAGGUACACAGAGCACAAGGACAUCCCGUUGGGGAUCCGAGCCGAAGUGGCCGCCAUCUACGAGCCCCCCCAGAACGCGACUCAGAACAGUCUGGAACUGCUAGAGGACCCCAAAGCCGCAGCGGUGGACGAGAUCGCCGCCAAACUUGGUCUUCGUAAGGUGGGCUGGAUUUUCUCCGACCUGCUGUCCGAGGACACCAGGAUAGGGACCGUCCGCUUCACCAGAAACCAGGAUUCUCACUUCCUGAGUGCGGAGGAGUGCAUCACGGCGGGCUUCUUCCAAAAUCAACAUUCGAACGCCUGCAAACUCUCUCGCGACGGACUCUUCGGCUCCAAGUUUGUGACGGUGGUCGCGACAGGUGGUCCGGACAACCAAGUGCACUUUGAGGGCUACCAGGUGUCCAAUCAGUGCAUGGCCCUGGUGAGGGACGAGUGCCUGCUGCCCUGCAAGGACGCCCCCGAGCUGGGCUACGCUAAAGAGUCCGGUCCCGAGCAGUACGUCCCGGACGUCUUCUUCAAGGACAAAGACAAGUUUGGAAACGACGUCACCUUCCUGGCGCGGCCUCUUCCCGUGGAGUAUCUCAUCAUAGAUAUCACCACAACAUUCCCAAAGGACCCCCAGUUCACCUUCAGCUCCGCUCAGCGCUUCCCCAUCGAGAACCGAGAAAUCUUCGGAGAGACGCAAAACUUCCACAGCUUAGCCACGUAUUUGUCACUGUGCGCCUCCACGUCAUUCCUGGACAUCGUGUCCGACUUCCAUCUGCUCCUCUUCCUGGUCACCAACGAGGUCAUGCCUCUGAGGGACAGCAUCGGGCUGCUGCUGGACGCCGUCAAGACGUCCGACGAGGAUCUGGCGGACGCGUGGAAGAAGUCGGAGCAGUGGGCCACCAUCGAGCAGCUGUGCGGCACGGUCGGGGGGCAGCCGUCGUCGGGCCCGGCGGGAUUCGACGGCACGGCCGACCCGUCGGCACCGCCGUCCUCCUCCGCCGUGUGGUCGUGCGUGCACUGCACCUUCAUGAAUCAGCCCGGUACCGAGCACUGUGAAAUGUGCAGGCUGCCCCGCAGUUAAAGAAGCCCGCCCUCGAGCUGCCUCGCGCUCGUGGCGUCCUUUCCUGAGGGAGGGGGGGGGGUCCAGCAGCCCCCCAUCAUACACCCCCUUUACUCUCUAAUAAAAGAUGAUCAGUCCUUCUACUGUCAGUAUUGAGCGCCUCCUGCUCGGAUGGUUUGGACUUGAAUGUGAUUGGACGGCAGUCGUCCCCCUCUUCUUCAUCUUCACUCAACUGGUGUUCGCCACUUCCUCGCCUGACUUUUUGUUUUUUUUGCAAAACAAAAACAAAAACAACAACACGUGAUUACGGAAUCCGAAAGACCGCAGAUACAAAUUUGAUUUGUUCCCUGAUCUCGAUUUGCCUCCAAAUAAAAUAAUGCAAAUGCCCUUAAUCUGUUCCAGCCCCCCAGAAAAAAACAUUCAAAAUAAAAAAUAAAAAAUAAAAAGUACGUGUUUUUGUACAAAAUAUCUUCCUCAGCCGCGUGGUAGUGCAUCAAAACACACAGUCGUAACAUUUUCUCUCCACGUGACCCGCCAACACGCAAAACACCCCACCACACCACCGACCGCCAUUGUGAACUGAUGGUGGCCGGAUGUUGUCAAGUGCGCUGCUGCGCGAGGAAGCAUCUCAAAUUUUGCUCUUAUCUCAAGACAAUAAAAAAAAUGCUCGAGGGACGGCUUGGCUCCGGAAAAACUCGCAAGUCGAGGCACUCCGAUCUCGAGGCGCCACUGGGAAGCGAUUCUGGAAUAAUGAAGGAUUCCAAAUUCCUGAAUUGCCAUCCAGGUCCACGACCUAAAAAUCCAUGUAUAGUGAUUUGAUCUUAUUUUCUGUGUGUCACACUUUACGAGUCUCGCUCGCAAUCUCAAUUUAUCAAGUGUCAACGACGCCUUAUGUAUUUUGUCCUCGCACUCGGCCCUUCGGUAUGUCGCCGGCGCAGUUUAGCAAGUCGCACCCGUGCCAUUUGCGUGCACGCGAGAAAUGACUAAAUUGCACUCACGAGAUGAACGCACCUGUCCGACCCACGAAAUGACGCUGAUUUGACGUGAGAUUUGUCCAAUGCAUGUGCUUUACAAGUUACACAAGGCAAGAUGCAAAAUGAGUGCGUCACUUACUAAGUUGCGCUUGCGAUAUUCGAAUACAAUUCAGUUAAUCGAAUGACAAAUCUCGCAGUAGAAAAGCCGUACUUGUUUGCGCAAGAUUCAUAAGUCGCUUCCGUGCUUUGCGAGUUACGCAAGACGGCCAUUGCGGCGGAACUUCCUAAAUUGUGCUCACAAGAUGUUGAAGGUGUGUGCAGUUUACUAAAUGUCACUUGGGAGAUAACGAAAUGCGUGCGACUUACUGCUUUCCUAAGAAGUAAGAGUUACUAAGAAGCGCAAGCAAAAUGCGUAAUGUUCACGUGCUACUUACUAAGUUGCACUUUGGAGAUUUUUAGGCACGUGUGCCCUGUCCUAAAUUGUCCCUGCGAGAUACGAACCGCACGGAUGCGACUUACUCGAUGAUCUUUGUGACAUUCGUAAAAGUUACAAAAUUGUUUGCGCGCCACAUAAAAAAACCAAAAAAACACGGCUCGCUCGAUGAAGAAAUCCUGACUUGCGAAGAGUGGGCUCUCUGACUCCAUGGCGCCCCCCUGAGGAACACAACACAUUUCCGAAACCAGGACGGACACACAAAGUGGACACACUUUGACGGAACUUUCCGCAGUCGAAAUGCGGCGUUACUGACGGGCGCUUGUGUCCUGGCUAUUUAUGCUUCUUUAGCAAAAGUCUAUUGAUGAUGUGAGAAUAUAAUAUUUUUGAGUCGAGAGGAUUAUGGAGGAUUAUGCUUGUUUGGUUGGUGGGUUGUUGUUUUUUUUUUGGGGGGGGGGGGGGGGGGGGGGGCGUGUGACUUCUUGAGUGGUUAUCUGAAGUUGCUUCCUCUCGAUGUGACCUGCAUUUGAAGUGAUAAAUAAAGAAGAAUUCCAAAUUG